GUCAUCUCUACCUCUGCCUUACGAAUCCCUGCAAAGGUACUACAUAGACCUACGAAGAGACAAAACUCUCUGUACCUGCCUCCCCUCACCCGUUCCGACCACGAGCAAGUCGGACCAACAACUAGGAGCAGAUCGAAGUGAAAGAAGAAUACAAAAAAAAAGUUCAACAAGAAGACCAGUAUCGUAGAAGAAUUAGGAGAAAGGGGUACGACGAGAAACAGAGACGAUCAGAAAGAUGUCGGCCGACCAACACUUGGCGUAUGACGCCAUCAAACCGGUAACCUUCCCCGCCGACGACCAAAAGAUCCUCGAAUACUGGCGAAAAAUCGACGCCUUCCAGACUGGCCAAAAGCUCUCCCGAGAGCGCCUGGAAAAGGGGGAAGGAAAGGGCGAAUACCGAUUCUACGAUGGACCUCCCUUUGCAACAGGUUUACCGCAUUACGGGCACUUGUUGCUGGGUACCAUCAAGGAUAUGGUCACCCGGUACGCUUAUUCCAACGGGUUCCACGUCGAACGGCGGUUCGGGUGGGACACGCACGGCUUGCCCGUCGAACAUCAGAUCGACAAGAACUUGAACAUCACCUCUAAAGAGGACGUCAUGGACCUGGGGAUCGACAAGUACAACGCCGCAUGCCGCGAGAUCGUCCUGAAAUACGCUGGGGAGUGGCAAUCCAUCGUAGAAAAGAUGGGCCGAUGGAUCGAUUUCGAGAACGGAUACAAGACCAUGGACCCCACAUUUAUGGAGUCCGUCUGGUGGGUAUUCGGGCAAUUAUGGAAGAAAGACAUGGUCUACCGCGGUCUUCGUGUCAUGCCGUAUUCCACCGGCUGUACCACCCCUCUCAGUAAUUUCGAAGCUAGCGAUAAUUACAAGGACGUCGACGACCCCGCCGUAACCGUGGCUUUCCAACUGGUGGACGAACCCGAAACCUCUUUUCUCGCUUGGACGACCACCCCCUGGACCCUCCCUUCCAACCUCUCCCUCUGCGUAAACCCCGAAUUCGAAUACGUCAAAGUCUACGACCUAACCCGUGAACGUAACUUUAUCCUCCUCGAGUCCCUCAUCGGGACCCUCUUCAAGGAACUCGCUGGGGGGAAGAAGCAGGACCCGAAGAAGCCCAAGUACAAGGUCGUCGGCAAGUUUAAAGGGUCGGAUUUGAAGGGGUGGAGAUAUGUUCCUUUGUUCGAGUAUUUCAGCGAACAGUUCGAAGACCGAGCCUACCGAGUCGUCUGCGACAGCUACGUCGAAGCCACCGCGGGAACGGGUAUCGUCCACCAAGCUCCGGCGUUUGGAGAGGACGAUCACCGGGUCGCCAUCGCCAACGGGAUCGUCGCCAAGGAUGAGAUGCCGCCUUGUCCCAUUGACGACGCUGGGAGGUUUACCAAGGAGGUCCCUGAUUUCGAGGGGAUGCAUGUCAAGGCCGCCGACAAGCCGAUCAUGAAGUACCUCACCGCUGCCGGUCGAUUGAUCGUCCAGAGCACGCUACGACACUCGUACCCCUUUUGCUGGAGAUCCAACACCCCCUUGAUUUACCGUGCCAUCCCCGUCUGGUUCGUCAAGGUCGAGGAGAUCAAGGACAAGUUGGUCGCCAACAACGAAAAGACCCGAUGGGUCCCUGAGAACGUCCGGGAUGGACGAUUCGGUGGAUGGUUGAGGAACGCUCGGGAUUGGAACGUCUCGCGAAAUCGAUACUGGGGUACGCCCAUCCCCCUGUGGACCAGCUCGGAUUACGAAGAGAUCGUCUGCAUCAGCUCGGUCGAGGAGCUGGAAAAGUUGUCCGGAGUGACCGGGAUCAAGGACCUUCACAGGGAAAACAUCGACCACAUCACCAUCCCUUCCAAGCAGGGCAAGGGUGACUUGAAGCGUGUUGAAGAGGUCUUUGAUUGUUGGUUCGAGUCGGGAAGCAUGCCCUACGCGCAACAACACUACCCGUUCAGCACCUCGGACGAAAAGUUCCAGCGAGCUUUCCCUGCCGACUUUGUCGCCGAGGGUAUCGACCAGACCCGAGGAUGGUUCUACACCCUCAUCGUCCUCGGUACUCACCUGUUCGACACGGCUCCCUGGAAAAACUUGAUCGUCUCGGGUCUGGUACUCGGAAGCGAUGGAAAGAAGAUGAGCAAGAGUCUGCGAAAUUACCCCGACCCCGAAGAGAUCCUGCAUCAGUACGGUAGUGACGCCCUCAGGCUCUACCUCGUCAACUCUCCCGUCGUGCGAGGAGACAACCUGAUCUUCCAGGACCACGGCGUUCGAGACGUCCGAAACACGGUCAUCGGACGAUGGAUCAACAGUCUGCGGUUCUUUAUCGGUCAGGCCGAGCUCUACGAGCGAACUCAUGGCGAAAAGUUUGUGUACAACCCCAACGCGACCAAGUCGGAGAACGUCAUGGACAGGUGGAUCUUGGCCAGGUGUCAGUCGUUGAUCAAGCACGUCAAGCAGGAGAUGGAGGCCUACCGACUCUACACGGUCGUACCCCGACUGCUCGACCUGAUCGCCGAGUUGACCAACUGGUACAUUCGAUUCAACCGAAACCGACUCAAGGGUGACGGCGGCCACGACGACACGGUGGCGGCGCUCAACACCUUGUUCGAGACGCUCUACACGCUCUCGCUCGCCCUCUGCCCGUUCACGCCGUUCACCUCGGAAAACCUCUACCACGCGCUCUUGCCCUUUACCUCGGCCACUCAGCACGGCAACGAGGACGUCCGUUCGGUGCACUUCCGAAUGUUCCCCGAGGUCAGGGAAGAGUACUUUGACGAGGUCGUCGAGAGGCAGGUCAAGAGGAUGCAGACCGUUAUCGACUUGACGAGGUUGUUGAGGGACAGGAAAAAGUUGGCCAUCAAACAGCCCCUGAAGGAGAUUGUCGUUUUCCACCACGACGCCGAAUACCUCGACGACGUCAAGUCCCUUGAACGAUACAUCCAGGAAGAGCUGAACGUCUUUUCCGUCACCCUGACUUCGGAUGAAGAAAAGGUCGGGAUCAAGUACAAGGCCACCGCGGACUGGCCCACCUUGGGCAAGAAACUGAGGAAAGACUUGGGCAGGGUCAAGAACGGCCUGCCUAAAUUGACUUCGGACGAGGUCAAGGCGUUUGCUCAGUCGGGAGAGGUCGAGGUGGACGGGAUCAAGUUGGUCAAGGGCGACCUGGUCGUCACGCGUUACGUCGAGUUGGCUGCCAACUCUACCGGAGGUGAAGACGAGUGGGAUACGAACACGGACAACGACGUCGUCGUCCUCCUCGACGUACGGAAACACGCCGAACUCGAGGAACACUUGACGAGGCGAGACUUGACUACGCGGUGUCAACAGCUCCGAAAAGCCAGCGGUUUGCAACCCGCGGACGACGUCGAGAUCUACUACGAGUUUGUCGGGGACGUACGGGAUGCGUUGGAGGAGAUUGUCAAGGGCCACGAGGACGUCAUCAGCAAAAAGGUCGGCGCGGUACCGAGGGCCUUGCCGAGAGAGUUGAAGGGGCGGGUCAUUGGCAAGGAGGAGGUCAAGGAUGGCGCAAGUGAGGAGGGCGGGUAUAGGCUCUUUGUGGUGGAGAAGUUGAUGCGACCCGGGUCGAUCUGAGUUUGAGGGUCUUGUGAUCGAUAGACGUUUCUUCUUUUUCCCCCUUCAUUAUCACAUUGUCCUUCCCCUGCACACACCUACGUUCCGUUAGUUCAAUCCUGCAUGUAAUAUGAGAGAACACACACCUUUAUCCACGAAGAUGCGAGUGUCA